AUGAGGAAGGACGACGUGGUUAGGGAUAAUCAAGGUAGAAUCAUUAGCAGGCAACUUGUUUGCAACAAAGAGGGCUGGAGAAAUAUGAGGUAUCUUGAUAUGGAUGAUAGAUCAAGGGAGGCAAGGUCACUAACGCGAACCAAGUGUCCAGCUCGGCUUAGGGUAAAGCUUGACUAUGGCUGCGGUAGAUGGAAGGUAUCAUGUUUUGUGGAAUCUCACAACCACGAUCUGACGCCACCCCAAUUUGCGCAUCUAGUACCGGCCAAUCGUCGUUUAACUGUGACUGAUAGAGUCCAAGUGGAAAAUCUUCAUAAUUUUGGUGUCAAGAGCUGCCAUAUUAUGGGGUAUAUUGCAUUCCAGAAGGGUGGAUAUCGUCAUGCUGGCUUCACGGAAAGAUUUACUAUUAUCUUCGGCUCCGGCCUACUAUCCGACAAAACUACAGAGACGUAUAAGUGGUUGUUGGAAACCUUUGUUGAAGCGAUGGGUGGGAAAAGUCCAAAAGCAGUAAUAACUGACGGAGACCUUGCCAUGCGAGAUGCAAUCAAGAAUGGUCUUAUAUACGACAACAACGACCAGAGAGACUUUGAUCGGAGAUGGGCAGCCAUUUUGGAUAAGCACAACCUUGUUGGCAGUACCUGGAUGGAAAAGACGUACGAAACUCGUGAGAUGUGGUCCCAUUGUUUCCUCCGGGAUAAGUUUUUCGGUUACAUAAGGACGACAUCACAGUGUGAAGGUAUAAAUUCUCUCAUCAGAUUUUAUGUUAAUCGCAAGAACACCCUCAUUGACUUCAUGCAUAACCUGGAUAGGGCCUUAAAAGAGUAUAGAAGCAACGAAUUAAUAGCUGACUUUAAGUCUCAGUGCUCAGAGCCAGUGAUGAUUAUCUCGUUGGAGGUAUAUGAAAGAUCUGUAUCAUGUUAUUUCACGCGAAACAUUUUCAAGGAAAUUUGUAAUGAGAUUCAGAGGGCAGGGGCUUUGAAUAUAACUGUACUAAGCACAACCUUGGACAAGGUAGAGUUCAGUGUGACUGCUCUCGGAGACCCGACUAAAGAUUGA